AUGGGGAAAAGGUCUACACAGAAAUGUUACUCCUUAAACGGUUCUCUUAAUGGUUCCCUUCGCCCGUUCUUUCAGGGAUCAUCCGUAGCUAUCACUGGGGCCAUAGAAGGUUUACGACCGGGAAAGCACGGAUUUCACAUUCACGAGUUCGGCGACUUUUCACGCGGUUGUCUCUCCACUGGGCCACACUAUAAUCCGGAUGGCAAUGAUCACGGUGCGCCGGAGGACAAAAACUGUCAUGCCGGUGAUCUUGGUAACAUCGUGGCGUACAACACCGGGCUAGCUAAGAUACAGAUUGCGGACAAAAAGAUAAUGCUAGUCGGUGACCGAAGCAUCAUUGGCCGUACCCUUUCCAUAACAGAAUAUGAAGAUGAUUUAGGCCGUGGAAAACAUGACUACAGUAAAACGACAGGAAACUCGGGUAACUGUGUUGCGUGCGCUAUUAUUGGUGUCGCUCGAGAAGAAUACUUUGCCGAACGAUUGCAUCUGACCACCGAUGAAUAG